AAUACAGCUGACUGUAGCGAAGGUUUGAUUGUUAUUGCUCGGAAUUCUUAACAAAUUGAUCGUUUUUGCUGUCAAAUUCAACUUUUUCAAGUGAAAUUUCAGCUUACCUAAUUUCUAAUUUGUCUGGGAAAAGAUUUACAUCUGACUUUUCAACAGAAUUACCAUCUUUUUAUUUUUUCAGAAUGGCCGACGGUAACUUCGACCCCUGCGAAUGCGUGUGGAGCCAUGACGCAGCCAUGAGAAGACUUCUCAACCUGUUAAGAAACUCUCAAUCAUAUUGCACUGAGAAUGAAUGCAUUCAGGAUUUGCCGGGACCUAGCAGUGAUAUGAGCAGUUCCUUUUAUGGAUUCAGUAUGAUGACGAUGAUGAUCAUUGGCUGGUUGGUCGUUGCAACUGCCCUGUUCCUACUGCGCCCCCCGUCUCUCAGAAGGUCCAAUGAUGGGAAACCCAGGAAUCAGGGUGAACCAGGCAACCAGGACCCGCCCCCUCCUGUUUUCUAAAUGAUCUACGACACCUACUGUUACGACCGCCGCUUCUACAGCCACAGCAACAACUACCACCACUACUUCUACUACCACAACAACGUCUACUACUAAUACUACUACUACCACUACUACUUCCACUACUACCACUAUUACUACUACCACUACCACUACUACCGCUGCUACUACUACUACUACUACCGCUACUACUACCACUACUACUACUAUUACUGCUACUACUACUACGACAUAUACAUUCACACUGAUUUUCGAUUUUUUUUCUUGACUGUUUGUUUAUUUUUUUAUUUUGAACCAGAAGAGGAAAUAAAAUUUAUCAGUAAUUUAUCAGCUUUUAGGUGCGAAGAUGAUUUUAUUCUCUCUCGUGAUGAGGGAUUUUUGUGAUGAAUUUUUCAACUUUAUUAAUUUAUCUAUUUAAUUAUUUUAUUUAUUCGUAAUAAUUAUAAUGGCCGUUGAGAAUAUGUGUGGUGUCAAUGAUGGCGACUUUUUGUGUGGGGUUUAUGGUUUACUUUUCAUCAUUUUCGUGGUGGUUUGCUCGUUCGUGCGUGUGUGCGUGUGUGUGCAUGCGUUUCUGUGUGCGUGCGCGCGUGUGUGUGCAUGCGUUUGGUAGCUGCAAGUUUGUUUUUGUUUUAGUCGUGAAGGAGAAGAAAGUGUGAUUGGCCGGCUUGGAUGGAAAUGGCGGUAUGUGAUUGGUCGUUGACGUUGGUACUGGUAUGUGAUUGGUCGUCGUUGAUUGGUUGGCCAUUUUGACUUCGUUAAACUGCUUAGUCUCGCUCUUUAUCCAUUCCCUAGGUCACAUUACAACACAACAAAUUACUAAUCAACUAUGACAUCACGAACUCAAUGAAAUAUACAAACCGUGACGUCAUUGUAAGAAUUGCAUUUUGAUUUUAUUUAUAUAAAUAUAUAUGUUCUAUUCCUUACUCGAUUUUUUUUCAUUGUUAGAAAUUCGAAAUUAAUUUAGCGCUUACUUAACUGUAAUUUUAACAAUAACCAACCUAAUCAGUAAUUUAUGACGGAGGAUAAUUUUUAUAUUUAUUGCUUGAUUGAUUAAUUAAUUAACUUAUUAAGUAAUUAAUUACUAUUAUUGCUAGUUCAGUAAUUAGUAGUAAUCCGAUCAUAUAAAGCUGAUGUUCUUCUACAUUAUGUCGUGUUAUACUGCCACCAAGUGCUUAAACGUGAUGCAACUUUGCUUUGUUAUUUUGGAUUAGUUUUUCUUAUGAAACUAUUAAAUUCGUCAAUUAUAAAUUAGAUAAUUAUACAAUUUAAUGAAUAAUUGGAUAAAUUUAAUAAAUAAUUAAUGGUGAAAAUUAAUAAAUUUGCUAAUAAUGUUUUUAAGAAGUAUCCAUUUGCAUGUACAAAUUGAGAUUUUAUUAAUAAAAAUAAUAUUUUCCUAAUUCUAUUUCGUUUAAUAUUAUUUAUAGUUGCUGUUCGAACAUUGUUCAUAUUUUGUAAAAUUAUUUAUUGGAUGUAUGUACAUUAUGCGUUUGUGGUUGUACGUGCGUGUGUGUGUUAGUAGUCGUGGUGUGUAUGUGAGUGAUCGAUAUACCAAUUAUUUGUGGAAUGUUUCAAAUUAUAAAUAAAUUUUUAUGUAUGUAAGCAUAUAUUUGCCUAUAUAUAUAUAUAUAUAUAUAUAUAUAUUCAUAACAUAUCUUAUGUAAGUUGUAUAUUUUAUUAAUCUGCAGAUAUAUAUAUAUAUAUAAUAUAUAUAGCUAUUAAGUAUAAUGGUGAUGGUAAACACAAUAUCAAUGAAUUAACACGUUAAAGUAAUUAACGUUUUUUCACUCUAUCUCUAUAUAUGUUGGUUAGUUAAUAAGUUAUAAUA